UAUGCACUAGGGGCCUGGGAGACAUUUCGUCGGCGCUUGAGAAUGAAGUUAUCUAAGUCAAUGAAUCUCUCUCGCUCAAUUUUCCGGAGACAUUGUGAUUAUUGAUACGAGAAAGAUAGACUUCUUUUCAUGGGAAUUUGCUGCAGUUGCAUUUCUUGUAAUCCAGCCGCAGGCCCAGAUCCUGCAACUGCCCCAGCUACAGCUCCUGCAACUGCCCCAGCUACAGAUCCUGCAACAGUCCCAGCUGCAACUCCAGUUCCAGAACUAGCCCUGGAUCCAUUCCCUGACCCAGACAUAGUUCCUACCUCUCCUGGAAAUCUCACUGAAGGUGAUGUAUCUUCGAUGGCUAACAAUGUCUCCGGCAACAGCUGGUUCUCUAUAGCCACCACCAAUGUCACAACAUGGAUGUCUCAAGCAAAGGGAACUAUUCGGGGUAAAUUUGUCCCCGAGGAAGUUGAAUUCUCAGCUUUUCAAGAUAAAAUUGUGUCAGAGUUAAGAGUUUUCACGUUUAAACAAUUGAAGGAAGCAACCUUCAAUUUUAGAAGUGAUAUGUUGCUGGGAAAGGGAGGGUUUGGCAGUGUCUACAAGGGUUUGCUCAACCAAAAGCUGCCGAUUGAGGGUAUUAGGAAUCUUCGCAUUGCUGUCAAGAAAUUGGAUUCAAACAGCAAGCAAGGACUUCGACAGUGGCAGACGGAGGUCGGUUUCUUAGCAAGGGUUUCUCAUCCUAACAUUGUAGAGCUGCUAGGAUACUGUCAGGCUGAAGGAGAUAAAGAGUUGCUUAUUGUCUAUGAAUUCAUGGAGAAAGGCAGUUUAAAUUACCAUUUGUUUGGGAAGCGCUCAGACCGGGUACUUCCUUGGGAAACAAGGGUAGAGAUUGCUACAGGAAUGGCUCAAGCCUUGUCUUAUUUGCAUACAAUGGAGAGGCCAGUAAUUUUCAGAGACUUCAAGACCUCAAAUAUUUUGCUUAAUGAGUCCUAUAUUCCAAAGUUGUCAGAUUUUGGCUUAGCAAAAUGGGGACCCAAUGAUGGCAGUCAAUAUGUAACAGGAAAUGUUUUGGGCACUCGUGGUUAUGUUGGUCCUGAAUACAAGACUGGAGGAAGACUGUAUGUGAAGAGCGAUGUGUACAGUUUCGGAGUAGUUUUGGUCGAGAUGCUGACAGGAUUACGGGCAAUUGAUAAAAAUCGCCCACCUGAGAAACAAAAUCUGCGGGAAUGGACUUUGCCAAUUCUAUCAGAUAGAACAAAGUUGAGACAUAUAAUGGAUCCCAGGUUGCAGGGGAAGUAUGCAACCAAACAAGCUCCAGAAGUGGCUAAGCUUGCUCUGAGAUGCCUUAACCCAGUUCCUAUGUUCCGGCCAUCAAUGAAGGAAGUUGCCGAUACAUUAGAAGGAUUAAACCUCCAUACCUCACAUCAGAACAAAGACAUUUAAAAUAUUUCUGCUUGCUUUAUUAUUAGAUGUCUUCAUAUAAGGAUUAAACCUCCGUUGCAUUUUUUUUUUCCCCUUUAGCUCUGCAAUUGUCAAAUCAAAAUCCCAUUUAGGAUGCUUGCAUAAAGUUAUUUUUUCAUGUGUGAUCUAUUACUUGAUAAAUGGAUAUUUAUUUAUUUUCA